CAGGGGAAGCAAUUGAGCACACUUAAACGAACCAUAAAUUGCAUCGACAAAGCUAAAGCAGCGCUAGCUAGCUACGUAAUUCAGUCGUAUGCUUUUGACGAGGGGAUAAAAGACAUUUGCAAGUAGUCUACUUUCUGGAUUUUAUAAGAAGCUGAAACUGGCACCCCCGCUACCCGUCACCAUGCCUGCUCUUCUGGAGAGACCGAAGCUGUCCAACGCCAUGGCCAGAGCUCUCCACAAGCACAUCAUGAGAGAGAGGGAGCGAAAAAGACAAGAGGAGGAAGAAGUGGACAAAAUGAUGGAGCAGAAAAUGAAGGAGGAAGAAGAGAGGAAAAGAACCAAAGAGAUGGAGGAAAGAAUGUCCCUGGAGGAAACUAAAGAGCAGGUUCUGAAGAUGGAGGAGAAAUUGCAGGGUUUGCAGGAGGAAAAACACCAACUCUUCCUGCAACUUAAAAAAGUUCUCCAUGAAGAGGAGAAGAGGCGAAGAAAAGAACAGAGUGACAUUACAACACUGACCUCAGCCAGUUACCAGCCCAGUAUACCCCUGCACUCAGGGCAGCACCUACUCAGUCUGCAAGGCAGUCCAGUGAGUCAUGGCAGACCUGGAGGUCUGUUGGCAGAGCGUGGUAAACAGUUGUUUCAGACACCUGGCAUCCCUGGCCGUCACUUCUCUGGGCAGCCUGGUUUCACUCCAGGCUCCUCCGAACACGGGCAGUUCUCGGGAAGCCCUGCGGUGCACGAGCCGUAUGCCCAGCAUCCCUCCGGCUACGGCCCGGCCGCAACAGUACCCAUCAGCUUCUCGGGCACUUCCCAGAUCAGAGGUGCCUCAGCUUUCCAGACAAUGCCAUACCUGCCCCAUCAACCACAAAGCUAUGCUGUCCACGGCCACUUCGCGUCCCCGACAGGUUUCAUCCCCAGUGCCAGUAUCCCUCUUCAGAAGCAGCUAGAACAUGCCAAUCAGCAGUCUGGCUUCACCGACUCGGGUGCUCUUAGGCCCAUUCAUGCUCAGGCUCUACAUGUAAGUGCCACAGGACUGCUGCCUACACCUUCAAUGGCUGUUCAGAUUUCCACAGCAAAGGCCCCCUUUCCGAGCUCUGCUCAGCCAGCUUCCCGUCAUACCUACCUUUCCCACCCUCAAGCUGGACAGAGAUUCUACCACCAUAGCAAGUAAUCAAGGUCAUGAAAACCAAGACACCAUCAAGAUGCUGUGGAUGUUGCAAAAGUCCCAAACAACUUGGCUGUGUUGUAGCAAAGAACGGUUACGACUUCAGUGAUGCAUCGUUCAACCAGUGGGCAGUGUACUGGAAAACAUCAUUUGGAUUUGGAUAUACUCUAACAUGCUAUAAAUUAGAAUUUCAUCCUGUGGCAUUUAAAAGAUGUGUAACCUAUGAACAAUGUUACAACUUCAGAGAAAAGACUUUUAAAGGAAAGUUCUUACCAGUUUACAUUUUACGUCAUGUAUUAUAAGCAGGCAGUGGUGACAUGACUGGACCCAGAGAAAAUUUUACAUUUACAUAUACCUUUAUUGCCCUUUUAAGGAAGUUCAUGGCCUCAUUUUUGUUUACACUUGUUACAAAAAACAAACAUUUUACAGUCAGAAUUGCUUGAUGGCAGUUGCUGGAUUUGCGUUACAUUGGUAAGGUGUGGUGUGUGUGUUUUUUUUUUUAAUUUUCAUAAUGACAUUUUCAGUGUAAAUUGCCCAUCUUUGCUUGAUCUUUAAUCAGGUCCAGAUUAACUUUGAUGGAAAGAAGUAAAGUGUUUUGUUUUUGUUUUGUCCCCAGCCUAACCGGUACUAAACAACUUGAUUCAACCAAUUACAGUAACAUUUAUUGAGUUUAUAAAUGUCUUGCUGGGGUUUUAUACUUAUAAAAACAGGUUCCAUUCUUUUACCCUUGGCAGGCAAAGCUGCACGAAAUACUGGAUUACCAGUUGUGAGGUGUCCAUUCCUCUAUGCAGAACCAAAAUCAAUUAGGCUUGCACUUAUUGCCUGCCCUAAUCUCAUCUCAGAAGGCCUAACUGUUGUAAGACUAAGGGCUAGGCCAACACUUCCCCAUACCCACUCCCAUAGACCUUUCCUUUAGGUUCAUGGUACUUCUAACAGGUGAACCUGUGAUUAAGACUAGAAGAAGCAAUGAGACCAUGUAAAAUGUCCCAGUACAUUGACUAGAAUAUUCCACUGCACUAAACAUCUGUAUCUUGACCUUUGCCAACAAAGCUGCCCCAAAACAUCAAUGACUGACCUAUAUAUUCACAUAUUACAUAUUUGAUGUUGGGUUAUGAUGUGAGUUUCUUAUCUUACACAUAUUUUAUAACAUUCAGAUAACAGACAUGGAUGAAACUGUCUGAUUUUGAGUUCUCUUGCGCUAGCACUAACUUUGUUGUCCUUGGUUGUUUUGAGAGGCUUUUUUAAACAACCUCUCCAAAGAGCCAGUUAUUGUGAAAGUGGUAAUCAGUGGUUCAUUUUUAGACAUUGUCAGCCUAAGAUGUAACUAAAUGCUGUAGUUCUUGAAUUGUGAGCGUUCUUCGCAGCCCUUGCCAUUUUAGUAGGUCUGUGUGGAAAGCAUUUAACAUCCUCUUCUGAUAAAUUUGGAAUUUGUCCAAAUUAAGGGUUCAUGACUAUCAUAACAGCAGUUUGUAUUAUUUUGUAUUCUCUACAUGUCUUUACUAUGUUCGCGUCCAUCUGUGUCUUGACAUGUACGUCUUUCGCCACAGUAGUGAAUCCUACAUCAAAAGAAACUGGAAGAAGGCUACAGUAUAUUUAAAUUUCCUUACACAUAAAGGAUUCAACUAAGGUUUUAUUUAUCUCUUUGGUGUUGCUUUAAAUUUGACACCUAUGUUUUUGAAGGAAAAAUGGAGGGGCAUAAGCAGUAGGCAUUUCUGCUUAUAUUCUUCAACCAAUAAUUCUAGACACGACAAUCUGUUAGCGAAAAAUGCCCUUCAGACACUGAGCAAAAUAAAGCAAGGUUUAUGGUUUCUUUUUUAAACAUGAGGAUGAGGGCUCCUCUUGCUUUAAUGCAUAUUGUUUAUCACAGUCAUAGAACAAAAAGAGGCUCUGCUCAUUUAAUAUGAAAGGGAAGAGAAAGAGUUUUGACACAAAGUACAGAUGUGACUUUAUGUAAACUGUUCACCUAAGGGCUGGUUCAACAAAUUAAAGUUUUUUUUUGUCCAUAUAAUCAUAUCUGGAGAACAGCCUACUUACUAAGUUUGAUGAUGAUGUGACGAGAUGAUGGUACACUUACCAGCCACUUUAUUAUCUACACCUUCUAGGUAUACAGUUAAGAGUGUAUUACCAGUUUGUUGUCAUGUUUUUGUUAGCCAUCCUCGAGUCCUGUGUUCCUCAAUCUAGUCAAUGGGGUUCAUCAAGAUUCCCAGUA